GCAACCAAAAUAACAAAAACAUCAAUCGCCAAAGACUUCAACCCUGGGAAAAGAAGAGGCGCUGCUCCUGAGAAACUACAACUCCCAAGAGGCUCUGCGGUGCCCGUCGCCCAAUAGGAAGAGAGUGGAUUCCCGGGACCCUGGAGGCGGGACGGAGGAGCAAGCAGGCAUUUCUUGACCAAGAGGGACAGGCGGCUUUGAGUGUUUAGGAAGAGGGAGGUUGAGGGUGCUUGUUUGGCAGGUGUGCAAAUGCAACACGCACACACACACGCAAAGAAGGGAAAGGAAGCAAGUUGGAGGUUUGGCCGGUGGGGUUGUUGCCGAGGUUGUGUAACUGCUGCUCCGGCGCUAGUUACAAAACAAGCCAUUCCAGGAUUAUAAAACCAGACAUUUGAUCUCAGGAUGCCAGAGGGUCCCGAGCUGUUCCUCACGAGCCAAUAUAUCAACACAAAGUGUGGUGGGCUUGUCUUCUCCGGGAAGGUGGAGAAGUCGGAGGUGAGCAAGAAUCCCGAAGUGCCCUUUGAGAGCGACGCGUACCGGAUCUCGGCCGUGUCCCGGGGCAAAGAGCUGAAGCUCACCCUGGCGCCCAUCAAACCCGAGAAGGUGCCUCCUUCGGAAGGGCCGGCGGGCGCUGUCCGGCGGCAGAAACGCCAACAGGAGGAGCCGAUGGAGCUUGUCUUUCGUUUCGGCAUGUCUGGCAGCUUCAAGGUGGUCCCGGUGGCCGAGAUGCCGAAGCACGCUCACCUGCGCUUCUACACCCGCGAGCAGCCUCCCCGGGCCCUCUGCUACGUCGACUUCCGGCGCUUCGGCAGGUGGGAGGUGGACGGCACCUGGCAGCCCGAACGAGGGCCCUGCGUGAUGACGGAGUAUGAGAAGUUCAGGGAGAAUGUGCUCAUGAAUCUCCCCAAUAAAGCUUUUGACAAACCGAUCUGCGAAGCUCUGCUGAAUCAGAAGUUUUUCAACGGUAUUGGCAACUACCUCCGAGCGGAAAUCUUAUACCGGUUAAAAAUCCCCCCCUUUGAAAAGGCACGGACGGUUCUGGAGCAGCUGCAGAGUCGAGAACAGACCUCCGGCCUGACGCUGAGCAAGAAGGUGAAACUGAAGCGGGAGACCCCGGACCUGCUGGAACUUUGUCACUUGGUGCCCAUGGAGGUCAUCAAACUGGGUGGCAAAGGUUAUGACCCAGACAACUCAGAGGAUUCCACCGCCUUCGAAAAGUGGCUUCAGUGCUAUUUUGUUGAAGGGAUGAAGUCUCUCCGUGACGCGAACGGCAGGACCAUCUGGUUCCAGGGAGAUCCUGGUCCGAUGGCCCCAAAAGGGGAGAAAUCACGCAAGAAGCGGGUACAGGUGAAAACUGAACCAGACAUGCUGAGUCCAAAGGUCAAAAGGCUGGUGGCCAGGAGAAAUUCCAGGGCUAACGUUCCUCCGAAAGGCGUGGAAGAAACAAGGAAGCCUAGAAGGCGUCGGGGCAGCAACACAAUAAAAGAAACAGAGGGUGGCACUCCAGUAAAUGGUGUCAAGACCCCAAAGAGCAGGGCUAAGAGAAAGAUCUCUCCUCCCCAGGAACCUGCAGUGAAAUCAGGUUCUCCUGCUGAAACCCAGAAAAGGCCAACGUCUGCCAGGAAAAAAGGGGUUAAAGCUGCUGCAGCUGCACGAUCCAGGCGGGUGAAGCCUCAGUAACCAGGCUGCUGCAGAACGGCCUGCUCAUUGUGCCGUAUCUUGGCCUGGUCUUCGCCGAGACAGACCGAUCCUCCCAAUGUUGCUAACACAAAUUUUAUAGCCAGCUUCUGCCUCCCAGCACCCUGCAAAAACUAAGCUGUAAGACUGAUUCUGGCUUGGCCUGGGCUUUUUCAGCUUCGGAAAUCCUGGACACCAGCAGAGAAUGGAGGAGUGGCUGUCAGUUGCCUUGAACGUGAAUUAUUUUUCUGAAAUUCUGCUGGGGGUCAGGCUGCGCUCUCCGUGGUGGUGGUGGUGUGCUUUGCACAUGAAAGAGGAGAAUAACUUUUUGCCAGUUACCUUGGUGGUUAUGUUAAGAGACAACACCCCUGAUCUCCAAAAUGCAGGCAGAGCGUGGUCCAUGCAACCUCAGCUGGCCUGGUGGAAUUGGACUCAUUGGUCAUAGACCCAGCGCUUGGGAAAACUGGACUAGAAUGCUCACAAUUAGAGAUUGUCACAAGUUGUCUGCGUGGCCACAUUCCUUUCCCCCACCCCCACCUCUCGCUGGCACCUCCACUCCCUAGCCAGCACACUGUGUUCCAUCCGUGCCCAUUGCACAAUCUUCCAGUCUGGACAGGAGCCCAGACUUCCCUUCUCUGCCUCCUCCAGCAGCCGGCCACUCCAAUGAGGAGGCAGGGCAGG